AUGCCACACGAACACGAGUUCACGCCAGUUCAGUCGCCACCGCGCGAAGUUCGGAAGACGAUGGACAAGAGCGAAGUCUCAGCAUCCGCAUCCGAUGCGCAUAGUCAGACUGGCUCUCUGUACACGCUGCCUCUCGAUGUGCUGUUCGAGAUCCUCACCCACCUCAACCUCACCUCCCUCUUCCGUCUAUCCCAGACCUCGCACGCCCUGCGUGACACUCUGCUAAGCCCCGCGGCGACCUGUAUAUGGCUGAAGAGCCCGCGCCACAGCGCCGUCAAGAUUCUCACCGGCGCAAAUGUCAUCAUCCCCCAGAAUGCUCGUCAUAAUGCGUUGGAAGAAGCGCUGCCGCCGCCCACCAGGGAUCUCUCCAUCCGCGAGUUCCUCAGCCUGCUCUUUGACGAUGUGUGCGAUUUCUGCCACGCGGCCUUGGGUAGGGAGGACCGCAUCGUGCGGAUAUGGGCCGCGCGCCUCAGGUGUUGCGAGCGGUGUUUAGAUGACAGCGCUCAUAUCGUCCCGGAGAAGAACAUGCCACGAGAAUUUCAGAUGGUUCGCGACGUGCAGGGCUACUUUGGGAACGACUACGCCCUCUCCAAUCUUUUCCCGGCGUCCGUGGGCGAUCUCUUCGGACCCUCCCGCCCGUACCCGCGCGUGGCAGUCGAGCGCCUCAUCGCUGAGUUCGAGCGCGACAAUUAUGGUAAGGGUGAAGAGGACAGGAAGGCGUGGAUUGUAAGGAAGGCGGCUGAGCACGAAGACGUCGUGGAGCACGCCCAAACAUGUGUGUUGUGGGAUAUGGCCAGACAGCGGAGGAAGGAGGCCUGGCUGAGGGCGAAGCGGAAGGAGAGGGUCCAGCAAAUCAAGAGCAGGCUACCGGAGCUUGACGCCUUGCCUGCGUCCGUCUCCGAGAUAUUGACCAACCUUGCCGAGACACCUACGCGGCAACGGGAGUACCAUAUCGAGAGGUUCGAGAUACCUGCUGGGGUUCAGGCCUUGGUCAGGAAGCCCGAGGCGCUGAGUGAGGCUGAUUGGAUAAAGAUUCGGGCGGGGGUACUUGAGCUCGCAAAGGCGGUCAGACGGCGCGAGGUCCUUUGUGAACGGUACGCAUCGCUUGCGCGGGCUUGCGAGCAGUUCGCGGAAGACGAGGAGAACAAGGGCUGCAUUUUGCCUGGCCUCGGAGACUUGGCGACGUGGAAGGAGGUCACGAAUGUGGUCGAGGGUACGCCGAUCGAGGAAGACGUGUCUGAGGAAGACCUCCGCGCGCUCGUCGACGAUCUUGCGCGGGCAGGGCGCUUCUCUGGGUGGCGCGCGACGUGCGAGGACGCGCUCGUCGCGAUGCUGAACGCGGCAGACCCUAGUCGCGCGCGCCCAGCGACCACUGCAGACCUCGCGCUCGCGACGACGGUGUUCAGCCUAACGUGGGUGUCUUCGUGCGUGUGGUACCCCAAGAUACUGGAGUGGACGCCGACGAGGCCGAGUACUGGUCGAGAGGACGCGCAGCGUAUCGUGGUUAAGCGGGCUUGGGCAGCGAACGAGUUUCGUGUCGACGUGCGCCACUCGGGCUUGGCAGCGCGAGUGGUGUCGAUGGCGGGCCUUGAUCCGGCGACCGCGACGGUGGAGGACAUGGAUAGACUCGAUGUGUGGUUCUCUCAGACGGAGGACGUGGUGGGCGGCGACCUUGAGCGGCAGAUGAUGCGAUGGAGGGAUGCGGUUCGAUCGCUGUCGCCGUCGCCUUCGGAGGAGGACGACGGUGGGUUGUUCCUCCUUUCUGACGAGGAAGUGAAGGAGGGGCAUAUCCGGCAGCAGUUGGCGCGUCUCUUGGAACUUGAAGGCCACGAAGGAUUUCAUUUCCGCUUCAAUAGGUUGAGCCCUUAA